GUCAUGUGACUGGGGCGGAGAGGCGGCCGUUGCGCUGUUGCCCUGCGCUUUCUAUUUAUCGUGGGCUCCGGACGGGGCUCCAGCUGGUCGCUGCGGGGACGGACGGGCGAGCAUGUGGGGGCGAGCGGCGUGUCCGGCCUGGCCGGCCUUGCUGUGGCUGGCCGUGUGGAGCGGCGUGCGGGCCGACCACUCCUUCACUUACCCGGAGCUGUGCGGACAUACCUGGGAGGCAAUUGACACAGAGAAGGAAACAAUUUACAAAAUAAACCUCUGUACGCCAUUACAAUGUGGGCAAUUGAGUGCCAUCUGUGCUUACAAUUCCUCGCAAAAAAGCAACUAUUCAGUGGGUGACUUUGCACUAAGGACUGGGCUUGUGCAUCACUUUGAGUACAACACUACCCAAAAGUGUUCAGAACAAAAGACUGUCCAAAGUAGCAUCAAUUUCUUUUGUGGGAAAACCUUGGGCACCCCUGAAUUUGUGACAACUUCUGAAUGUGUGCACUACUUCGAAUGGAAGACUUUUGUAGCUUGUAAGAAGAGCACUUUCAACCCUAUAAAAGAGAUUCCUUGUUACGUGUUUGACGAAGAUGGGAAGAAACGGGAUUUGAAUCCACUAAUAAAGAUCUCAGGAGGCUAUUUGGUUGAUUCUCCAGAUGAAGAUGACUUCUAUAUCAAUAUUUGUAGAGAUAUAAGUCCUUUGGACGAGACCUCUGCAUGUAAACCUGGCAGUAGUGCCUGCUUAUUGAAAGGAUCUACUGUAUUUGAUGUUGGCCACCCAACAGAUGCUUUGAAACUGGCUGGCAAAGACAGACUAGUACUUCGUUAUUCCAGAAGUUAUUCUGGAGGUGAGAAGCCACCAGAUUUUUGUGGAGAACAUGAGCCUGCAGUAACCAUUACUUUAAUCUGUCCUCCUGGAAGAAGAGAGGGUACAAACCCCAAGAUGAUUGCCAGUGUUAACUGUCGCUAUGAAAUUGAAUGGAUGACUGAAUAUGCUUGCCCCACAGAUUACCUAAUGAGCAAUAACUGCAAGCUUAACAGUGAACAGCACGACAUCUCCAUUGACCUGACUCCCCUUGCCCAGCCCGAUUCUGGUUCAUACCUCGUUGUCCCCAAGAGUGAGGGCACUAUUGACGAAUACUUCUAUUACCUGAAUGUGUGUGGAGAGACCAAGUCUGGAGGCUGCUCUGAUGCAAAGGGUUAUGUGGCAUCAUGUCAAGUUAAAAGAGGGGGCCAUUUGCGCAAGGUUGCAGGGCGUUACAAAAAUCAGACACUCAGGUAUUCAGAUGGUGAUCUGACAUUGACAUUACCCGAUGGUAAUUCUUGUAGUUCAGGAUUUCGGCGAAUGACGAUAAUAAACUUCCACUGUAAUGAAUCAGCUGUCGAGGAAGGAAGGGGUAAACCAGAAUUCAGUGCUGAAGUUGACUGCACAUAUAUCUUUGACUGGGGUACAAAGUAUGCUUGCGUAAAAGAAAAAUACCUUCUCUGUCAGACCUCUGAUGGAAAGAAGCGAUAUGAUCUCUCACCAUUGACUCGAUAUGCAGCAAAGGAUGUUCCUGAAUCGGACAACACGCGCAACUGGGAGGUGCUGGGCAGUGACCUGGUGAAGUCUGAUCGUGAACAGAUCUAUAUUAACGUGUGCCACAAAGUACUCAAGGAUAGUCGAACAGCAGGAUGUCCUGACGAUGCAGCGAUCUGUUCUGUGGGUCAAGGUAGAGUAAAGAGCCUUGGGAAAUUCGUUUCGGCUCCGAAAAAAGAAGGCAACAACAUUCAGCUUGUAUAUUCAGAUGGUGACUUGUGUAGGGGAAACGAUCGAAGCAAAACUAUCAUUACUUUUGUUUGUAAUCCCGGGGAUCUGGAGAGUCCUCCUAUCCUGAAGUCUGGGCUGGAUGGGUGCUUGCAUGAAAUUGAAUGGCACACGGCAGCUGCUUGCACCUUAUCUAAAACUCAGGGAGAUCACUGCAGGGUUUCUGAUCCAGAUGCUGGCUUCUUCUUUGACCUUUCGUCCCUGACCAAGCAGAAUGGCAGAUAUGAAGUUAAAUCUAAGAAGUAUAACUUUUACAUCAACGUCUGUGGCAAUGUAUCUCAUGAGCACUGUGAAGCAAAUUCAGGUGCCUGUCAGGUUGCUCUAGAUGAUGAUAAGACUUGGAGCCUGGGAGUAUCCAACUCCAGACUGUGGUAUUAUGAUGGGAUCAUUCAUCUGACCUAUACAAAUGGGACACCAUACAACAAUCAGCACCACACGCAGCGAUCGGCGCUCCUCAUGUUCCUGUGUGACUGGGAUGCAGGAGUAGGACAUCCAGAAUUUGAGGAGGAAGAUGAACACACUUAUAAUUUCAAGUGGUACACUGAAUAUGCUUGUCCUGAAGUGCCAUUGGAGUGCAUAGUGACUGAUCCGCAUACAAAGCAGCAGUAUGACUUGUCAAGCUUAUCAAAGUUCGAAGAGAGUGAUGAAAGUAACUGGUUCGCCAUGGACACGUCAACAAGUGACCGUAAGAAGUAUUACAUCAAUGUUUGCCGGCCACUGAAUCCAGUCCAAGGAUGUGAUCGCCAUGCAGCAGUAUGCCAGAUGAAGUAUGAAAGAGACGCAACGGGUGCACUUUAUGAAAAAGUAUCCAUUAGUAAUCUGGGGAAGGCCAAAAAUGGCCCCAAGCUAGAAAAAGGUGGACAGAUUAUCCUGGAAUAUAUAAAUGGCUCUGUGUGUACCAAUUCCGAAGGUGCUCAGACCUCUUACACUACACGUAUUCACCUGAGUUGUUCAACUGAAUCGUCCACAGGUCCAAGAUUCAUUGACCAGAAGAACUGUAUGGUCACCUUUCUGUGGGAAACUGAAGCAGCCUGUCCUGUUACAACAACUGAGGACAAGGAAUGCUCAUUUAAAGAUCCUAACACUGGUUUUGUCUUCAACUUUCUGCCUCUGGCUUCGAGCACUGGUUACACUGUGACUGGGAACCAAGUAACAUUUAAGCUCAACAUCUGUGGUGGUUUAGAUGAAUGUGGUAAAAUAGAAAACAAGACAGCAACCGGGUGUGAAAUGCAUGGACAGAACCCAACUCGUCCAGUUGGAUCAGAAACUGCAUUUCAGGUUUCUACUGAUGGUCUCAUAACACUUAUAUACAAAGGUACAAUGUUGGUAGAGUCAGGAUUGUGGGAUACAUUCAUUAUCCGUUUUGUCUGUGACACUAAUUCAUAUCCUGGAAGACUCACCUUUCUGAGAGAAGAAAUUGGGACUAUGGCACACGUCCACGACACCAUCUUUGAAUUUUAUACUUCAUUGGCUUGUUUCCCUGCUCCAGUUGUUUGUCUUGUCAGUGAUGCAGAAGGCAAUGAAUAUGACCUGAGUGAGCUUGCGAAGGACAAAGAUCCUUGGAUUGCAGUUGACACAGCUGAAGAUGGGAAAAAACGUACAUUUUAUCUAAAUGUCUGCAAACCCUUGCCUCCAGUUGAUGGUUGUCCAGGUGGUGCUAUAGGAUCUUGUGUAAAGUAUGCUGAUAAGAGUCAGAACUUGGGUUACGUUCAGAUGCGUCCACAAGCUGGGACUGAUGGUUCCCUCAGUAUUGUCUAUCGGAACGGUGACAAGUGCAAAGGCAAUCAGCGCUAUUCUACACGUAUUCUCUUCCAGUGCGGUGAAGUCCCAGGUUCCCCAGUAUUUGAAGAUGAUGAUGAGUGCGAGUUUCUUUUUGUGUGGCGUACUCCUGCUGCAUGUCCAAUUCGUAGGGCCCAAGGUGAAAAUUGCCAAGUUAAGGACCCCAAGUAUGGUUAUGUACUUGACCUGCACUCACUUGCAAAUGAAAAUUAUCAGAUUAAAGUUGAUGACUACACGUACUACUUCCGUGUUUGUGACCGCUUAAGAGACAUCAGGUGUGGAGAUGAUGCGGGCAGUCAGGCAGAUGCAGUUUCAGCAUGUCAGAUAAAAGGAAAUAAUCACAAGAUUGCUGGACGAUUUACUCAGAAGCUAACCUAUGAAGAUGGAUUGAUAAUGAUAAACUAUACCAGAGGGGAUGUUUGCCAUAGAAUCUACGAACGAUCAACAGCCAUCCUGUUCUACUGUGACCACAGGCAAACUCCAGGCAAGCCAGUGUUUCUGAGGGAAACCCCAGACUGCACAUACCUCUUUGAGUGGCAUACGUCAUAUGCUUGCCCACCUUUCAGAUCUAUUGAAUGUACUGUAAGGGACAGCGAUGGGAAUUCCUAUGACCUCUCCUCUUUAUCACAGUCCCAAGAGAACUGGGAGAUAGAGCAGCAGCCAGGUGUUGGGCAGAAGUACUACAUCAAUGUCUGCAAGUCAUUGGUUCCACAGAAUGGCAGCUGGGAUUGUCCCUUCAGAGCAGCUGCCUGCCUGAAGGAUGGCAGCAAGUACACCAGUCUUGGGGAGGUGUCUGCUGGACCCAGGUGGGAGCAGCCAGGUCUGCUCAUCCUGCAGUAUGAAAGUGGGGACCAAUGUCCUGAUGGAAUUCGCAAUAAAACAACAACCAUACGGUUUAAGUGCGAUGAAAAUGCAAUUAACACAAAGCCAUAUUUGAUCACUGCCAUUCAAGAUUGCAAGUAUACGUUUUUGUGGUUUACUGCCGCUGCCUGUCCAGUGACCAAGAACAUACACAAUCAGUGCAUGGUGACUAACCCCAUUACAGGGCACCUAUUUGACCUAAACACGCUGCGAACCAGACAGGGUCACAUUGUAUAUGACCACAAAAACAGAGACAAAUUCAUUCGCCUUAAUGUUUGCGAUAAGGUGGAGAACACUGGAUGUUCAGGUGGUAAUGUUGGUGUGUGUAUCAUAGAAGGUCAGAAUGUGAUCAACGCAGGGCGUUUCAGCAACAAAUUGACUUACAUCGAUCGUGUAUUGAGACUCACAUAUGAUGGAGGUGAUCUCUGCUCCAGCAACCCUGCACUUCAUCACAGAAGUAUCUUCAGCUUUGUCUGUGGCUCAGGUGCGGGUGCAGGUACUGGUCCAGUUCUGGUGGCUUCGGAUGAGAAGACCUGCACUCAUUAUUUUUCUUGGCACACACAGCUGGCCUGUGAACAUGAGGUGAGAUGUUCAGUGAAGAACGGUAGCUCAAUCAUUGACCUGAGUCCUCUGAUCCAGAAGAAUGGGUAUUAUACAGCAGAGGAUGAAGAUGUGACUGAUGGCCAAGGUGACUCGCCUGAUUUUUACAUCAGUCUUUGCCAGCCACUGAUCCCUCUGCCAGGGAUUACCUGCCCCCCUGGUUCAUCUGUGUGUAUGGAUCCCGUGGAUGGGCCGCCUGUGGCCAUUGGUUAUAUCUCUGGACCUCCACAGAUUAAUACGGUGACACAGGAGAUCUACAUUUCUUUUACGAGCAACACCACUUGUCAAACCAACAAGAAAUUUACUUACGACUCCCUCAUUGUAUUUCAUUGCGUCAGAGACGUAGACCUGGGAAGACCAAAAAUGAUGAGAAAAUCAGAGUGCAGUUACGUAUUUGAAUGGGCAACUCCUCUGGUCUGUCCAGAUUCAGUGGUUAUAUCUGGCUGUUCACUAACUGAGCAACAGUUGCAUUACACAUUCGAUUUAUCUCCUUUAACAGGAGGGAAAUAUCAGGUUCAGUCUGGACAGAGGACGUAUCACCUUGAUGUAUGUGCGGACGUAACAGAUGUGCCCGGCAAUAAGUGUAAAGACAGUGCUGUCUGUUUGGUCUCAGGAAACAAAGCUGCCUCCUUUGGCAAUCCAAAGGCAAUGACGCUAGAGUACAAACACCAGGACCAAGCCUUAAUUUUGCACUACGGCAGUACAGAACUGUGCCCAAAAGUUACCAGAACUGGAAAGCUGUGCACAUUUCCUUUCAAAUUCCUUGGGACGUCUUACAGUGAGUGCAUUACAACAGGAAGAACCGAUGGAUUGCUGUGGUGUGCGACAACCAGUGACUAUGACAAGGAUAGACAAUGGGACUUCUGCAGCAAUGCGACUGCAACUCGGAGAUCAACGAUCAUCUUCAGAUGUGAUGACAUGGCUGAGGUCGGGAGUCCUGAGGUGUUGAGUGAAACUCUCGAUUGUUCGACAGUGUUUGAAUGGAGGACGAGUGUUGUUUGUCCACCCAAGCGAAUGAAGUGCAAGAUAGUUCACAGACACAAGACCUAUGAUUUAAGAAUGCUUUCUUCCCUUACUGGAUCAUGGAAGUUCUCCUCUCAUGGUUAUACGUAUUACAUGAAUCUCUGUCAAGGAGUUCAUGAAGGACCCACUGACUGCCCUCCAUAUGCCAGUGUGUGCAGGAAGUCUAAAAAUGGUGGAACACGGAUAUUGGGGCUUGUUCACAGCCAGAAAAUAGAUGUUCGAGACACGCACCUUUUUGUGAAUUAUUCAAAUGGCUAUUUUAAGUGUAGUACAGGCAAACAUGCAAAGACUGUUAUACAACUGCAGUGUUCGUCAACAGGAGGGACACCCGAGCUCAAGAGGUUUAAUGAAAAAGAAUGUGAAUUUUUAAUUUCAUGGGAGACUCGUGCAGCCUGUGCAGUAAAACCACAAGAGGUUUACAUGGUGGGCGCGACCAUUAAAAACCCCUCAACUGGGAAGGAGGUGGAUUUGUCGGCUAUUUAUUCCAAGUUGUACAAAGCUUCUGGUGAUAUCAGGUCAAAUGGUGAUUCAUAUGUCUAUGAUAUUCAGCUUUCGGGAAUUGCUGACCCUGAGAAUGUUCAAUGCCAAGGCUCCAACAUUUGUCAGGUCAAGGUGAACCAGCCUGCCUUCAGGCGUAUUGGCGUACCAACCAAAGCAAAGUACUACCUCGAAGAUGAAGACCUGGAUGUGGUUUACACUUCCAACUCUGUGUGUGGGCGUGAUCCAGACAAGAACGUCUCUUCCACUGUACUAUUGCAUUGUAGCCAGUCGGCAGGAGAAGGGAAACCAGAUUUCCUACACGAGACGUCAGACUGCCAGUACCUGUUUACCUGGUACACCUCGACUAUCUGUGCCCUUGUGCCAGUCAUUGAUGUGAUUCCAGAUGAUAAAUCACAGGGUGGAGAUGAUGCCAAGGGCUUGUCUGGAAGGAGCAGAGCUGUGGGGGCAAUGCUGAGCGUGUUGUUGGUGGUGCUGACUGCCUGCUUGUUCAUCCUGCUAUUUUACAAACAGGAGCGAAGGGAAGCUAUUUUGCAAAAAGUGACUGGGUGUUGCUGGAGGAGAACAAGAGUUGCAUACAAGUAUACAAAGAUUAAUGGGGAGGAGGAGGGUGAUGAACAUGAGACGGAAUGGUUGAUGGAAGAAGUCACAUCAUCCGACGAGAGUUGUCCAAAGCCAGGAAAAGAGUGUCAGGAAAAUGGUCUGAACCAUGUCAUCACCCGACCUGUAAACCCGGACGUCUUUGGCUCGUUCCCACUGGACGAUCAGGACAGUGAGGAUGAGGUGUUGACGGUGCCCCAUGUGAAAGUCAGCUCCAGCAGGACACGUGAGCCCACGUCCAUUGGCAGAGAAAACCAGUGGCACCAGCACAAGCACUUCCACAGCGGAAGUGACGAGGAAUUGCUCGGUGUGCAGAAUGAGAGCAAGGGGAACUCGAACUCAAAGCCUCGAGUGAAGCGGGACAGGCCGACAAAAGGCUCCCAAAGUAUAACGUUUCACGACGACAGUGAUGAGGACAUGCUGAAAGUUUAACCAUUGUGCCUGUCUACUGACAAAUCUGAUAGGACAAACGCUGACAGACAUGGAUGUGAGGAGCCUGUCUGUCCUUUAUUCUGCUGAUAAUUUGAGUAACCCUGCUGAUCUGCAAAUUCUAAUGGAAGGGAACUGCAUAAACAAUCCUGACUGUUUACAGUGAUGUGUAAAGAAGAAAAAUUUCACUUCCUAGCAAUUGCCUAAAGGGUAUUUAUAAAAUAAAACAAGCUUGUGCACAUGGCCAUUUCAGGGGAUAUUGUACCUGAGUAUUGUAAAGAGCUCUGCGAUGCUUUAACUUUGAUCAACUUUUUUUUAUUUGAAACAAAUCAAAAGCAGGGGGAACAGAGUAAAAGAAUGUCUGUAGCUGGGUAUUUUUGAUUAGCUUCCAUGAAGCACUCCCUUUUGCAUUAAUAUUUAUUGGAAGUUGUGGAAAGAUAGCAAGGGUUUGUGGAUACCGGUACUGUAAUCUUUCUCCCAAGCAGGAAAAGGGAUGUGGGGAAAUUGGAGGGAUUCACCAUAAUCAUACCUUUUGGGGUUAUGAUUGAUGUCAAGAAAGGUCAUGUUAGAGGAAGGGCGAACUAUUGUUGUUUUGAGAGAUUGCUGUGCUACAUGCAGGAAUGUAAGAUGGCAGGCAAAUCAAUUUAGUCCUAUUGCAUGUCCCUCCUCUGCGUACCCUACAUUAUUAUUGUCCACAUUUGAUAGUUGGUACCAAAGUGCAGCAAUAUGUUUUGGGCAAAUGUUUUUUUUGUAUCUAAUUCAGGUUUGGGUUCAAAGAUUUUUAAUUAUUUAGCAAUCAAAGUUAUGUGAUUUUUGUUUUCCUAUGACAGGUUUGAUAAUUUUGUUGUAAUAUGAAGCACACCACUCAUUACAAUAAAACAUGAAAAUUCCCAAUCUGGUUAUGCUUCAUUUAAGACUAUCUUUUUGAGUCUGAUGUUAUAUAUAAAAUAAAAGAAAAA